AAUCGAAGAGGAGAACAUGUUGGCUACGUCUCUCAAGCAAUUUUCACUGCGAGCUGAGAUGCUGCCCUCUUAUAUCCCUGUGAGGGUGGCAGAGAAGAUCUUGUUUGUAGGAGAGUCAGUGCAGAUGUUUGAAAAUCAGAAUGUGAAUCACACCCGUGCAGGGUCCAUUUUAAAGAACCAGGAAGAUGCUUUUGCAGCAGAGCUGCAUACACUGAAACAACAACCCCUUUUCAAUCUUGUGGACUUUGAAAAUCUGAUUGAUAGGAUCAGAAGUACAGUUGCUGAGCAUCUAUGGAAAUUGGUGGUAGAAGAGGCAGGACUGUUGGGACAACUUAAGAUAAUCAAAGAUUUCUAUCUGCUGGGUCGAGGGGAACUCUUUCAGGCUUUCAUUGACAGUGCACAGCAUUUACUGAAGACCCCACCCACUGCAGUCACCGAACAUGAUGUCAAUGUAGCAUUCCAGAAAUCAGCACACAAAGUGUUAUUGGAUGACGAUAACCUGCUCCCACUCCUGCACCUCACUGUCGAGUAUCACGGCAAAGAUCCAAAAGAUGCUGCACAAAACCGUGAUAGUUCCCUGCGUGAACCUUCCCCUCGUGAAGCCCCUACUUCUGGCUGGUCUGCUCUGGGGCUCUCGUACAAAGUGCAGUGGCCUUUGCAUAUUCUGUUUACUCCAGCUGUACUGGAAAAAUACAACAUUGUCUUCAAGUACCUGCUGAGUGUGAGGCGAGUUCAGGCAGAGCUGCAGCAUUGCUGGGCUGUGCAGAUGCAGCGGAAACACCUCACCUCCAACAAGUCAGAUGCCACCAAAUGGAGACUGAGGAACCAUAUGGCUUUCCUUGUGGAUAACCUGCAGUAUUACCUCCAGGGCAUGCAGCGCUCCUCAUUGUGUUACAGCACUCCACGUAGCUCUUCCCCGCAGGUAGGAACGGCACCGGCUGCAGAGAGGUACGGAAGGAGUCAGUGCUUCCCACAGGUAGAUGUCCUCGAGUCCCAGUUUUCACAGCUCCUCCAGGAGAUAAACUCCAUCCGAGAUUUCGAGAGCGUUCGGUUGGCGCAUGAUCGUUUCUUGAGUAAUCUGCUGGCUCAGUCAUUCAUCCUCCUUAAACCGGUGUUCCAUUGUCUGAAUGAGAUUCUCGAUUUGUGCCAUAACUUCUGUUCCCUGGUCAGUCAGAACCCAGGGCCCUUGGACGAACGUGGUAGCUCACAGUUGGAGCUUCUCGUGACGGGCUUUAGUCGUCAAUCGUCCCUGCUUUUCAAGAUCCUCUCCAGUGUUCGCAAUCACCAGAUUAACUCUGACCUGGCUCAGCUUCUGCUGCGACUUGACUACAAUAAAUAUUAUACCCAUGCUGGGGGCACACUGGGAAGUUUUGCCAUUUGAUUGCUGAGCACAGAUUGAUUCCUGGAGCAGCUGGGUUCUGACCUUCACCAGCAUCCUCACCUGUCUGAGGAGUGAACUUGUGUAAACGAAUCUACUGACUCAAAGACUGGCUGCAACUCACUCCCUCCCAGAAAGGCCUUGUAUAAGCCAACCACAAAUGGACACUUUGUGGGGUUAACCUUCAACCUGUAGCCAUUUUACACAAACUUGUAGACCAGGGUUUGUGAGCUUUCUUUUACUGACUUUUCACCUAAUUUCUCUCACGUUCUCACUCUGUCUUUUUCUUAGUCUUCCUUGACUGCUUUCACUUUCUCUGCCUCUCUCUCUCUCUCUUCCUCUGAUUCUCUAACUGUCUGUGUGUGUGUGUGUGUGUGUCACUCACUCAAGUUAUUUCAAAUAUUUUAUCUGCAACUUUAUAAAAUCCUCAUAUGCCCUACUUUAUUGGAUGGGUGGUUGUGAGUAUCCUGUUCACAUUAUUUCUGUUCUCCUCUGCCUGACACCUUAGGCAGUGUUAAGGUUGAGAUGUGAAUGUUUUACAGGACCUGACCUCCGAUCCACUUUUACUGGUGCCACAAACUCAUUUUAUAUUUACUCAUGAUGAAAUUCUCAGCAGUGCGAUUGAGUCUUUCAAGAUUUCUGUACAGUUAUCUCAAAACAUCGACGGGUCUGAUUAAAAAAAAGUCCAUGGACAGUUGAGAAUCCCUGCACUGUCUGUUUCUGGGAGCUGUUUGGAAGAGUGCAGAUUUCAGUUGCCGACAGGAGUGUGGUAUCCAUGAAACAUCAGUGUCCUCCUGCUUCGACUCUCCUUUGACUAUUGAUUCCAGUCCCCAAGGCAUUCACUCACCUGUCCCCUGCUUCUCUGGUCCAGUCUCUGGUUUCCCACUGGGCAAAAUUGUGGGGUCUCUGCCUCACUUGCGAGUUUGAAAUGUGACCCACGACCCCCAGAAUGCAUCAGAACGCCCACCAGAGACAAUGUCCCUAAUUUGGGAAUCACAUGAAUAGCUGCCAUGAGGAGAUUUUACUGUGUCUGAGGUGUGUUUAAUAAGGCAAUGCCAAGGGAUCGUUUCUCAUUGACCAUGUCGUAAAUUUUGUGGAUAUGCUUGUUGCAAGAAACAACAGAGAUCUGUUCCUGAGAUGGCUUGCUCUAACAAGAAAAUAAAAUUAUAGAACCUUU